AUGAAUUUCAGGCCCGCGGUCGACGAACAAAAGCGUCAGGUGAAAUGGCGCGAGAUCACCGAUGCCCUUGAGGUACAAGACCAGAAGUUCGAGAAGCUCAGCGAGCAGCUGCGACGGGACCUUGUUGUUGAACAAAAGCACCAGAUUGGUCUCUGUGCGAAUUGUCGUCUUCCAAUGUACGAUAACGAGGAACGAUAUACGGUCAACGAUUCCACGUACCACAGAGCUUGUUUCACGUGCGAGGUCCUGUCAGCACUCAAUCGAAACUAUCAUCCUGCAUGCUUCACCUGCACUGCGUGCGGAAUGUGCCUGGAUGGCGUUCAGUUCGCCCUCGACAAAAACAACCAGAAUACUGGUGAAACGGUGCGGAUCGUGGCAUUGGACAACAACUAUCAUGUGGACUGCUAUUCCUGUGAG